UUUUAUUUUGACAGGUUGAUAACGUUGCUGUUGCUGCACGGUCGGUGGAUUGAGGGUAUGUGGAAAGUAGGAAUGUCGGAGGAGGUUGGAAAAGCGUUACAAGCGGUGGUAGACAGGGUAAAUCAAGCCGCCGCACGUCGACCCAAGACGUUGCCCGCGGUGCCGCCCCGCCUGGUAGCUGUAAGUAAGACGAAACCACCUGACAUGGUGAUCGAGGCGUACCGAAAAGGACAUCGCAACUUUGGUGAAAACUAUGUGAAUGAACUUGUGGAUAAAGCUUCAAAUCCUCAGAUUUUAGAAUCAUGCCCAGAUAUCGAGUGGCAUUUUAUUGGCCAUUUACAGAAGAAUAAUGUCAACAAACUUUUGGGUGUACCAAACCUGUUCAUGGUGGAGACAGUGGACUCUGUCAAGUUGGCCGACAAGGUAAACAGCUCCUGGCUGCGGUUGAGAACAGCUAGUACGCAGACGUUAAAGAUCAUGGUUCAGAUCAACACCAGUGGGGAGGAAAGUAAACAUGGACUGCCUCCUGGUGAGACCGUGACCACAGUGAAACACAUUUUAUCCAAAUGCUCUGCCCUACACUUCUCCGGACUCAUGACCAUUGGUCGCUAUGGUUACGACCUAGCUGAUGGCCCUAACCCGGAUUUUCAGGCUUUGCUGAGUCGGCGACAGGAAGUGUGUGCCAGUCUACAGCUGCCGCUUGAAGAUGUGGAGCUUAGUAUGGGCAUGUCCACUGACUUCGAACACGCGAUUGAGGUGGGUUCAACCAACGUGCGAGUGGGUAGUACUAUUUUUGGUAACAGGGAUUAUCCCAACACUCCCACUCCCAGUCCAGAGAGAAAGUCAAAGGUUCCUACAGAAGAGGCAGCUAAGAAGAUGGAGCGUCUCACUGUGACAGAACAGUGAUGUUUCUCCUUCCUACACUCACAACAGGCUGAAAAGGAUUUAGUAUUUUAUGAGAUUUUCUGGGGGGAAAAAACAACAGCAGGUUUCCACAGUAUGUCUUUAUGAUGUCUUUGGUUGAUGUAGUAGUUUUCUACAGAGCCCAUUCAUUUAUUUGAGCAUUUUGGGAUGACGUUCGAUCUUUUAAGUUGACAUUAGACAUAGAUUCUCAUUAAUCAAUUGAUGGUAUAGGAUAUAAGAAGUUCCCUACCUCACAUCUUGAUCUUGUGCCAACCCUAGAUUCAAUAGAUACCGUUUUACACCAUUACGGAAAUCGAGAUAAUUUGGAGAGUCAAGCAGAGGCCGACUCUCUCAACUCCCCCUUAUCAUGACGUAUGGUAUGAGUCAAUUAAAUUGUUUUGUAUGAUGUCAGAUAUUUGACGUUUUUAUAAUUGAUAAACCAAAUUAGGAAACGGCAGGUAAAUAAUGAUUCAUACCAUAUGUUUACAUUGCCACAUUAUCUCAUGUUGUGUGAUGUCAGUGAUUCUUCUGGUCUGAAUUAUUUGUUGGUGCAGUAAAAAGAUUUAAGAAUGAAACUAUGCAAAGAGGAAAUAGUUUUAGUUUGUUUCUGUUAUGAGAUGUUCUAUCCUAUAGUUAUUAUGGAACAAUAAUGCUGUAUUUACCAUCAAUGUAAAACUAAAUUCAUAACUAAGGAUGAUAAUAAACACAUUCAGUGAA